UGAUUAUCUGCAUAUGUCAGCAAAUGAUCACAUACCUAAUUUUGUAUUCUAUACGGAAGUAGACGAAGUUGUUGAAAGUGAAAAAUUAUGGCAUUUUUAAGCAGGACCUUUUUAUCAAUAAGUUUAUGUGUUCUGUUAUUUCAUAUAACUGCUGCAUUUAGUAAAUAUUCUGUAGAAGCAAAUAAACCGAAAUAUGAAGAUCCUUUACAAUUCCCAACCUCUCUUCGUGAAUUGGACAAACCAUUUCGUAUGGCAAAAUUAAAUGUACUAUGGGUAAAAGCGAAAAAUCGGUUGACAGAUACAAAACUGCAGUCAAUAUUCAGUGAUCUGAAAAUCCACGAUAAAGAAGAAAUUGCGUAUAAACAUUUUAAGUCUGAAGGAAAAGAUCCGAAUGGUGAAGAAGAAGCACGUUUAAGGAAAAAAUUAAUCGGAAUUAUGAGCACUUAUGGGUUAUUGGAGUACUUUGAAGAUACAGAGAACCCAGAAUUAUUAAAGAGACAUAAAGCUUUAAAUGAUGGUAAUAAUUAUAUUUCCAGAGAUGUUUUUAAAGAUAGCAGAUUAAACAAACUGUGGGCUAAAGCUGAAUUGGCAGGCUUUUCACAUGAAGAACUACAAACUCUAAAGGAAGAGUUUCAACAUCACCAAGAUAAAGUGGAUGAAUACAUGAAUCUUUUGAAAGAUGUAGAAGCUGGUGAUCCAGAAACAUAUAAAAACAGUCUACAUCAUAAACCAGAGAGUUGGAAUGAAAUAGAUCACAAGGAAGAAAUUUCUAACAAGAUUCCUGAAAAAAAGUUAGAUUAUUUAGAAAAAGCAUCUUUACUUAGAGGAAAACAUUUGGAAAUUAGAAAUGGAUUUGAUCGUUUGGAUAGAUUAACUGCAAAAGGACCAAAUCAUAAAGAAUUUAUAGAACCAAAAGUUCAAGACUUAUGGCGUAUUGUAUUAAAAUCUCAAUUCUCUCCAGAAGAACGUGCUUCGUUAAAGGAGGAACUGUUACACUAUGAAGGAAGAUUAUUGAAAUUGCGUCAUUUACACACGGAAGCUGCUUUAGAAGCCGCACGUCAAGGAAAACCGUAUGAUGUAGAAAAUUCUACUAUGGAACAUCAUAUUAAAAAACACUCGAGAACUGUUCAAAAGCUUCAUGCAGAUCUUGAAACAAGGAUUUUGCAAAGACAUUCUGAACUAUAAUAUACAUAUCAACAAAUUUACACAAAUAUUAUUAUUACUUUUAUAAUAGUUUAAUUGUAACUAAAAGUUAUUUUAGUAGUUUUAGUAGAGAUAUUAAAAAGUUUUUAUACGAAUUUGAGAUUUACAAAGAUCUAAUUUGAAAAUUGUAUUAUUUUAUAUUGCAUGUACAUGAUAUAUUUUUAAAAAUAAUUACAUACAUAAGAGAAUAUUACAUAAAUAAUUUAUAUGAUUUUAUCAUGUUUACAAUAAUAAAAGUUAUAUUAUCUAA